AUGAGACUUCGUCAGGUCCCCGUCGCUCUCGGAGCCCUGGCCCUGCUCCUCCUCGCAUGUGCUCACCCCAGACCAGCCGGGUUCCUCUACGCGAGGAGCUCCCCGCGCGACCAGGUGGACUUCUGCGCCGAUUGCCUGGCCUAUGUCCGCGCCGUCGAUGCCAUGUUCCGUCGAAACGGCAGAGCCGGAAACAAUCGUCAAUUCUUCAAAUACGCCCUGGAUACCUCCUGUCGGGGACAACUUCUCCUCCGCGGCCACUGCCCGAAGUAUCGCCGCAGCUUGCUGGCGGACCCCGGACGGCAUCUGUCCCUCCUUGAUAAUCCCUUCGAAACCUGCACCGCCAUCCGGGCCUGUUAA